AUGAUGGAAAUCACUGCAGAGCAGGUCUUGAGGUAUAGACGCUUACUUCACAAGAAGGACUACGAUGGUGCAUACCAAAAUUCACAUAUAAUAUCUACAUCCUGGACUGGUAAAGAAAAGGAAGCUUUCUUCAGAUCGCUAGCGAGAAGGUCGAGGUUCAGAGUUGAUUUGAUUAGUUUAGACGUUAAAACUAAAACUCAACGGGAGUGUAUGGAUUAUAUAAAUGUACUAGAUUAUGAAAGUCAUAUACGAAAGGAAAGAAUACCGCUAGCAGAUGCUGAAUUAUGUCAUGAAAUUUCUGAUAAAUUUGGUGAAUUGGAGGACGUUUUCAGUAGCUUUUUGAUAGACUUUCAGAACCAAUCUAACACACGUUUGAAAAAGAUCAAUAACCUAAAACCCGUUGUACAAACAGAUGAAAACUUUAGAAAUUCUCAAAAAAUGAGGAGGUAUAGACUAAGAAAAAAGGGUCUAACGGAAGAUCAGAUUGAUGAGAAGCUCAAUACGCCUAUAAAUGUUAAGGAUUCGAAGGAAUUCUACAUUGGUCAAACAAUGAAGAAAAUAAUCGGUAAUGAUGCAAUCAACGCUGAGAUACUUAAAUUGGUUGACUUCCACCUUCGAGAGUUCUUAACACCGCUCAUAAGAGUACUUGUAGCGAACGUUGAGACGAGAUCAAUAUUUUUGGACCGUAAGGAAGAUAAGGAGGAGGAAAUGUUAGAAGUUGAUACAGGCGACGUAGAUAUCGCUUUAGCCAUGACUUACGGCACUAGCAGACCUCAGUCGCGAGAUUAUGAAAAACGUGAUUACUGGUUAGAGACUGAAACUGUAGCACCACCUGUUUACAAUAUCAAAGAAUGGAUUAAAGAUGCUAGAACCUAUGAUAAGAAUCAUGAAGCAACAGCCACGCUAUUAGACUUAUAUCCAUUCUCUUCAUUUCAAUCUGAACCAAUUUUACCUCUAAAUCUACCAAUAAUGAAAAAACCAUAUUCGUAUCAUAAGGUUUUUGAGAAUCUACUGAAGGAUUUAGACGAAGAUGCUGAUAUAGAAGAGAAUUUCGAUAAUCAAGAUAAGGAAUAUGAAGAAUACAUGACGAAUACAAUAUUAAAUGGUCUUAAACGCAGUAGUAGCGAGAGUAGCGCGCUUACACUGCCCUCAAAAAGAGCGAGGUUUGAUUCAAAUGUGGAUAGUGACAUAGAGCAAGGUGUAUAUGAAGAUGGCGAAAGCAACCAAGCUGAUCUGGAUCAAGAUCAAGAAUCAGAUGAGAGGAAGCUGAUGGUUGGAGAAGAAAAGGAAGAUGUAGAAAGAGAAGAAGGCGAUGGAAGUGAGGGAGAGGUGGAAGAGCAAGAGCUAGAACCACAUCACACUUUGGAAAUGUAUGAUGAAGAAGACCUCGUCGAUUCUGAUUUGGAUUCAGUUGAGGGUCUCGAUUACCUCGCGAAACCACCAUCCCAUCGAAAUCAAGAAAAUGAGAUGCGUGAAGGAACACCCGUCUCAGAGAAUGAUGGAAAUACCCAAGAAAGCACCGCUAAACUGCGUUUGCUGACAGGCUUUGCCAAAACCUGGAUUGAUUAUAAUGUAUAACCUAAUUUAUAUCUAAUUAUUUAUAAA